AUGAAAACUGUCGAACCAUUGUUGAUUGUUGUACCACCGGGAGGAAAUGGAGAAAUUAAAAAAGAAGAUGAAGAAGAUGAAAGUGAGGAUUCUGAAAUGAAAACAGAAGCGGAAGAUGAUUCAACGUUGAGUAAAAUCCCGAUUUGGCCAAAAAUCGAACGACCGACACCGAAAUAUGCGGAUGGCAGGAGAAUUUCAGCACCCGCUAUUUUAGCACACAGUUUUUUGAAUAUUGUGAGUUUUGUCGAGAAAAUAUGGGAUUUUCUUUGUUGAAAAUCGUUUUCUGGGGUGCUAAAAACCAUACAUAUAAGUGUUAAUCCUUGAGAAUUAAACUCUCUAAGCUUAGCUACUUGAUUUAGAAUCUCUCAAUGCGCGGCUCCUUGCUGGAGUAGAACUCUAGGCUCGGGUACUUGACGAUUAGAUUGGCUAGGCGCUGACCCUUGACAGUAAUUUUCUCUAGGCUUGUCAGCUUGAUAUAAAAUAUCUCAAGACACGUCUACUUGAAAACUAGGCUUCCUAGGAGCACAUUCUUGAUAUUUCAUUUUUUUCGAAUUUUCUAGGAUAUGUACAAAUCGAUAUUUCAAUUUCAGUCUUCGAACAACUCGAACUUUUCAAAACCUAAGUGUCUAGCAUACUUAAAUUAUUAUCAUCAUUGAGUUUUAUAUCAUAGAUAAAUGUAGUUUGCUCGUUUCAAAGCGACCUUCGGACUCUCCCAGUCAGUCAGGUAAAAAUGAAAUAAGAAAAUUGAUAAAAAUGCUGGCGAGUUUAUGAUUAGAAAAAGGACAACGACACAACAUAUUUCAUUGUUCUGAAAAGACAAAACUCGAAAAAUAUUAAUCUAUCUAUGUUGGCGACAACAUUUGUUAUUCAGCCAACUUCUUGUUCGGUUCAAAUCACUAUUUUGCAACAAUUAUUGGAUAAACAAACACAAUUGAAUAGUGGAAAUGGAAGUAAUGAAGGUGGCGGAAAUAUUGGGAGAGAAAGUGGUAAUGAAAAAAUAGGAAGAGAAGUUCCGAGUAGUAGUCAAUGUGGAAGUGAUAUACAAAAUAGUCCGGAUUCUGGUGUUGGUGAGUUAUUUUGAAUAAUUUUUUGGAUAUUGUGAAGCUUUUUAUUUUCGAGUUCUUUGUUUUUGAAAAAUAAUUUUCAAAAAUCUAGUUUUCGAUUUUUUUCGGAAACCAGAUUGUAGAACCCAAAUUCAAAAAUUUGAAGUUUCAGAUUUGAGAAAACAUCUUGAACUCAGAUUUUCAGAUGAAUCAAAAUAAUAAUUUUUUAAAUUCAGACCGUUGAUGAUUUUUUUUAGAGGAAAGUAAGUUCCAAAUUCUGAAAAAUCUGAAAAAAUCAAAGUUCUAAAGUUUUCAGGUUUUCAGAACCCUUUAUGAAAAAUUGUAACUUUUGAUCAUUCCCGAAUUUUUUUCAGAAAUACAAAUAAUUUUCAAAUUUCCUCUCGAAGCUACCAUAAUAAUUUAUCUUCUCCUUAUUCUUUAUCACAAGUUUACCGUUUCUCUCUCUGUUUCCUCAUAUUUUCCUCUUAUCAAAAAAAUUCGAAGUUUCCGGCUUCAAAAGUCCAAAGGUCUCUUCUUUCCAGGUGGCGAUUCAACACCCGAAACUUCACCAUCUUCAUCUUCUCCAUUCUCGAAUUUCGCUCCACCUCCUUCAAUUUCAAUUGAUAAUUCUGCCACGUGGCAUCAAUCAUCACUAAUUUGGCCAUGGUUAACAACAGUUGCCAACAAUAAUAAUAAUAACAAUAAUAAUAACAACAGUACUGGUUCAGGAGGUAAGUGAUCAAACUACAUUUUUUCUUGAUUUUGGUGGCUGCUAGCGAGCUCUGGGUCACGGGUUCAAUCCCUGGUGGGCGCUCCUCUCAAUAAGGCUAGUACUUAGUAACCUAUUGUAAUACCAGUGAUCAAACUACAUAUUUUUUAUUCAAAUUUUUUUCAAAAUCUUUUUUGUUAUCAUCAAAAAAAGUACGCAAAGUUGUGUGUUUGUUGAUUGAAACAAAGAAAAAAGGCGCGAGAGAGAGAUAGAAAAAAAGAGUUUCCAGGUCACGAAUUAAUGUUUCGAAUUUUGCUGGGGGGCUCUUGACCGUUUGUACAAAUACAACAACGAAAUGAAAUGCGCGAUGUGAAAUUUCGCACCGCCGCAGCACAACUGUUUAUUUAACAUAUAGUAUAUAUCUAUAGUAGAACUGAACUGAAACGCUUUCUCGCGCAAAAUGUCGUGUGUUUGUGCAAAUAAUAUAAUAAUGAUGAUGGCGACGGCGGCGGUGCGCGCGCGGAAGAGGACGCGGAAGAAUUCAUGGGUGAACGGGAAAAAAGGAAAUGGGUCACGCAGCAUUUUUAUUUGACAAAUUGGAGUGAGAGAGUAAGAAAAGUUAAUUUUGAAAAAAAAUUGGGACUUCAUAAUUCUUACAGUACCAUAAUUUAAAAAGAAUCUAUAAACCUGAAACAAUAUGAUCUACAGUAAAAUAAACUGUGAACUACAGUAACCUGAAGUUAAACUGUGAUCUAAAGUAUUUGAAUUUGAAACAUAAAAACUUCUGAAAACUUUUUUAUUCCACGUGGCCCUUCAAAGUUCACGUGAAGUUCAAUUUCCAUUUUCUAAAAAAAAAAUAGCGGUUUCAAUUUCAUUUCAUAUUAUAUUUUCUCGUUAACCUGCCGGAUAUUUUCGCAUGUUUUUUUGCCCGGAACACAAAAGGUGAAAACUGACGGAAAUCCUCAAUGAUGGAAAAUGAAAGUUUUCUGUUUUGUAUAGCAUUUUUUCCAAUCUUCACAUUCAACAAACCAAAUAGUGUGAGAGAUGAAGAGACGCAGACAUGCUUAUUAGCCCGGAAAAAAAGAAGAAGAGGAGAUCCGGUGACAAAUUUCGAGAUGACUUUUAAUAUAUUAUUAUUAUUAUAUUGUAUUAAAAAAGAAAAAGGGGGGAAGUGUAAUUGAUAUUUUAUUUAUGGAAUAUUUUCAGGUGAUCAAACUUGGGCACUUUUGUGUCCAACAACUUCUUCAACUUCUCAUCCAAAUCUUCUUCCACAACAACGUUCAUCAAUAAUAGCUCCAAAUACAAAUUUAUUAACACCAGGUAAAUUUUGGCUUGGGCUUGAGCUAUAAAUUCUUGAAAUUCUCUGCUGGAUUUCCGAGUGUUGUGUUGAAUUUUUAAAUUUCAAACUGAAGUAAUUUUCGGAUUUCAAAAACUGAAUGGAUCCUACCAGAUCCUAUUUUUAGAAAAAUUUCAAAUUGGACCUGAAAAUCCUGAAAAUAUCCGUUUUUUCUAAGUCAAACUUCAUUUCCAAAUUUUCCAGCACAAAUUCUGAACAUUGCCACAAAUGUAUCGCCUCCAACAAUUGGUUUUCGACCAGUUUGCGGUAAUUUGUUAACAACAUGUCUUCCACAAUCAAUUGCUCCACCAACAACUCAAUUACAUCCAUAUCUUGUGGAUCAACGUCGUUUCUCUGAACCUAUUUCGAUUUUACAACAACAUCAGCAAGGUUCUUCUGGAGGACCAUUGCAAACUAACAAAAAGGCAAAAAAUAAGGAUGGUAAGCAAAAAGUGUGAUUAAAAAUCUGUUUUUCAAUUCAUCAGCCGAUUUUUUGCAGGUCAAGUAACAUAUUUAUGGGAAUUUCUAUUGCGACUUCUUCAAGAUAAACAAUACAGUCCGAAAUAUAUCAAAUGGAUUGAUCAGGGAAAAGGUGUAUUCAAAUUAGUCGAUUCGAAAGCUGUUUCGAAAUUGUGGGGAAUGCAUAAAAAUAAACCGGGAAUGAAUUAUGAAACUAUGGGAAGAGCGUUAAGGUAAUUUCGAGAUUAAAAGUCAAAUUUAGUAGGUGUACUGGGGAACUUGUGAUAACUCUCAGGUGCUUCUUGAAUUAAAAAAACAUUUUUCGACUUUGAAAUUCAAAAAAUUGUAGCAGAAAUACUACCCUUGAAAUUAGUAUCUGAAAAUUCUCCCUCCUCAUGUUAAAUUUUAAAUUUUCAGAUAUUAUUAUCAGCGUGGAAUUUUACAAAAAGUUGAUGGCCAACGUCUUGUUUAUCGCUUCAUGCAAAUUCCCAAUGGAGAUGGAACAAGUGUAAGUUUUUCCUAACAAUCAACCGAAACUGUCCAAUUUUCUAAACUAAACAAUACACAUUUCAGGAUUGUGACUCUUGCGAAUCAGCCGAUCCCUGCGAUUCUCCUGUAAAUAUAAGUUAA